UGCAUCUCUUGAGCUCACGAGUUCUGAGCUGCAAUGGGGCUAAAGCUGAUGUGGUAUCUGAACUAAAUUUGGCAGCAAUAUGAUAAGCCAAGAAAAUAAAUCAAAAUGGCAAGUGGCAAGCUUCAAGGACACAUGGGUCAAACGAAGUUGGUCCGAAUGCUCAAAGGAUUCCAAGGCAGCCGGAUCCUGGCGCCGAAGCUGGUCUCAGAAGAGGAAGCAAACAAGAUGGUAAACCCCUCUGAAUUCCUGAAGGAGAUGUCCCUCUCCACAGAAGAGCGGCUGUCUUCCACUCGAGUGAUGUGCCGACCACAGAUCACUGAGCUUUUAGAUAUGGGAGAGACCACUCAUCAAAAGUACUCAACAAUUGACCUGGAUCAGACAUUAUUCCAGCCCUUCCCAUCAGAGAUCGUAUUUCAGAACUAUGAUGCCUGUGAAGUCUAUGAAGUGCCGCUGAUUCUUAGGAACAAUGACAAAAUUCCAAGACUGGUGAAAAUUGUUGAGGAAAGUUCCCCUUACUUCAAAGUCAUCAGCCCCAAUGAUAUUUGUAAUAAAGUGGCCCCAGGAGUGCCAUCUACAUUCAGGAUCCUCUUCACUCCAGAAGAGAACAAGGAUUACUCCCAUGUACUCACCUGUGUCACUGAAAGAGAAAAGUUCAUCGUGCCCAUCAAAGCUCGGGGCGCUCGGGCCAUCCUGGAUUUCCCCGAUGAGCUGAACUUUGGCGUCUGUCCCGUCAAACACAACACCCAGAAAAUUCUGCUGGUGCGGAAUAUUGGCAACAGGGAGGCUGUGUUCCACAUCAAAAUUGGGAGUCCUUUUUCUGCAGAGCCAUCUGUUGGAACUGUCAAUGUGGGAGACACCAUGCAGCUGGCAGUGGAUUUUGAGCCACUUGUCUUAGGAGACCAUAGUGAAAAGCUGAUAGUGAACUAUGACACAGGGGAAAAGGUUUGUGUAAACCUGUAUGGAGCUGGUGCAGACAUGAAUAUCAGACUGGAAAAGAAUUCCUUGACCAUUGAGAAGACCUACAUAUCUCUGUCCAAUCAGAAAAACAUAAACAUUCACAAUCGCAGUAAUAUCAUCGCGCAUUUCCAGUGGAAAGUCUAUGCUACCCAAGAAGAGGAAGAUAAAGAAAAAGCUAGGCUCUGUGAUGACCUGACCAAGGAAGAGGAGAAGAAGACAGAAACACUUCUGCAGGAGUGCAUCCUCGACCCGUCGCUCCGAGAGCACCUCUCGGUCAUCUCCCACGCUUUCCAGAACCAGAGGCGGAUCGUGCAGGCCAACGACAUGCUUUUCUUCGGCAAUAUCUUUGUCAUUGAGCCAGUGGAAGGCGAGGUUUGGCCCAAUUCAACAACUCCAGUCAGUGUGACCUUUUACCCUCGGGAAGCCAGGCUCUAUCAGCAAACAAUUUACUGUGACAUUUCAGGCCGGGAGAGCCGUUUGCCCCUUCGAAUAAAAGGUGAAGGAAUGGGACCCAAAAUUAUCUUCAACUUUGACGUGUUAGAUAUUGGUAAAGCUUUUGUUGGAUCAAUACACAGCUAUGAGGCCAUUCUGUCCAACAAAGGCAGCAUCGAUGCUCUCUUUAAUUUGGAGCCUCCAACGACACCUUUGGGAUCCUGUUUUAUCUUUAACCCCAAGGAAGGCAUUGUGGAGCCCUCUGGGCUACAAACCAUACAGAUUUCCUUCAGUUCCAACAUCCUGGGGCACUUCAAGGAGGAAUUCCUAUUCAGUGUCAAUGGAUCCCCUGAACCUGUGAAACUGACCAUCAGAGGCUGUGUCAUUGGGCCUACUUUCCAUUUUAAUGUUCCAUCUUUAGAUUUUGGUGAUGUCUCUUUUGGGUUUCCUCAUACUUUGACUUGUUCCCUCAACAACACAUCCUUGAUUCCCAUGACCUUUAAACUCCGAGUGCCUGGUGAUGGCGUUGGAGAACCAAGUGUUACAAGUUUGGAGCAGACUUUAGACAUCAAAAAACCAUCAUGGAAGAAUGAGAGUCCACCAGCAAUCAAACCACGAGAAUUCACCCUUAAUCCGACUUCAGGAACCAUCCGCUCUCAGGGAUUUAUUGCUAUUCGGGUAACCUUGUGCUCCAACACUGUGCAGAAGUACCAGCUGGCUCUCGUGGUGGAUGUAGAGGGUAUUGGCGAGGAAGUACUGGCCUUACUCAUUACAGCAAGGUGCGUUGUACCCAAGCUCCGUGUGGUUAAUCCAGAGCUGAAUUAUGGGUGCUGUUUCCUAAAAUACCCUUACCAGCAAACGGUGCGACUCGUCAAUGAGGAUGACCUCCCAGGAUGCUAUGGAGUUCUCUUACAAGAAUACGAGGAGACACCUACUGUACUCUUUUCUAGCCCAAACCCUUGUGGAAUUAUCAACCCCCAGAGCACAGUGGAGUUAUUGGUGGUCCUAGAAGCUCAGGUCCUUGGAGAAUAUGAGUGCACAGUAUACAUUGCCAUCUUUGGGAGCAAGGACCCGCCACUGACUGUCCGCUUAAGGAGUGUUGGAGAAGGUCCUGUGGUCAAUGUGUUUCCUGACAGAAUUGAUUUUGGCAACAUCUAUGUCCUAAAGGAUACAUCCAGGAUACUCCAUCUCUCCAAUCAGUCUUUCAUUACCGCCUUCUUUACUGCACAUUUGAUCAACAAAAAGUCCCUGUGGAAGAUUUCGCCAGAUGAAGGCGUAGUUCCUCCAGAAAGUGAAGUUCUCCUGAUGGUGACUGCCAACUUAGACGACAUGUUGCCAUUCAAAGAUGUGAUCAUUUUGUCCAUUCAGAAUAGCAACAGCUACCAGAUUCCCGUGGAAGCCGUGGGGAAGGGCACCACAAUUGUUUCGGACAAGCCUUUUGCUCCAGAGCUCAACUUGGGGGCCCAUUUCAGUGUGGACCCCUAUUUCUACCACUUAAAACUGACCAACAAGGGACGCCGAUACCACCAGCUGUUCUGGAUGAAUGAAGGUUUCCGUCACUGUCAGAAACAAAACCGGUCCAACGCUUCCAUCGACAGUUCCACGAUCAUGACCAAUACUCAGAUCUCAGAACCAGGUGGACCCGUGUUUCAGGUUCACCCUGUCAGAAUGGAGCUUAGUCCGGGCCAAACGGCCGAAUUGGUGCUGGAAGGAUUUUCUCCUAUUCCUAAGGUAGUCAAAGAGAGGCUGGUAUGUUACGCCAUCAUCGGAGGAAACAUAAGGAAGACACAGAUCAUGACGGUCGAUGUCAUCUGCGAGUUCAUCGCCCCCAUCAUCCACCUGUCCACCAAGCAGAUCAUAUAUCACCUGGAAAAGGAGCCUCAAAGUGAGUUGCAGGCAGAAUUCAAGCCUCUCACCCUGAAGAACAUCUCCUCUCUGCCAGUCCGGGUGGUACUGAGCACCAAAGAACCCUUUUACCUGUGUGACCUGGACAACUCCCUUUUGUAUCAACCCUGCGGGCCUUUAGAAAUGGCAGUUGGGGCUGAGAAGAAACUGAUGAUCAAGUUUGACCCUUGCAUCCGAAGUGAUUUAAACCAGUGGGUAGCAGAAGAAGUCCUGGCCAUAAAAUACCUAGAGCACCCCCAGGUGGACUACAUGAGCCUCAGGGGAGAAGUGCAUUUCCCUAACCUCACCUUUGAGACCAUGGAAGUAGAUUUCGGCUGCAUCCUGAACGACACGGAGGUGAUUCGGUACAUCCAGAUGGUCAACUGCAGCCCCCUGGUGGUGAAAUUCCGAUGGUCCUUCCUCGUGGACGACAAUGAGAACCAGAUAAGGUUUGUAACAGGGCAACGUAAGCCAUACACGGCCCCAAUUCGUGUUUGGUCACGGUUGGAGACCCAAGCAGAUUUACUUCCAGUGACCCCAGCACCAGCAACUUCACCAGCAACCCCAGUUCCACCAAAUGUAGGAGCAAUCGAUACAGAAGAAUUUGUUGAGCAUAUCAUUCUGGAUGAGAAUGACAUGAACGAAGAAGGAGAAAAGAAGCUUCCAGAGCCAACAGAUGUAGUCACCAUAGACAAUACAGAACCAUUGAAACCAAGCCUCGAAGAUGUAGAAAGAGCAUUAAUAACCCAGAGCCAGGUGGAAUUCCAGGACUCCCUGUGGGUCUUUGAACAGGACGAGUCACUUACCAUUGGGGUAGAAGAAGUCCAGAUACUCAAGGAGUUGGAAGUCCUUGGUACCAAGACUAUAAAAUAUGCUCAGCAUCUUAAGUUCCUGCUUGCACCUUGUGCUAACCUGGAUACCACACAAGCGGAAACCACAGCUCAUUCUGUAGGGAUUGCUGGCAAGAAUGGGCCAGAUCUCUUCCAUGUAUUUGACAUCUUGCCCCUCUAUGGAGUGUUACCACCCCUUAGUAGCCACCAAGUAUCCUUCUCGUUUUAUGGGCACUGUGACAUCAUUGCUCAGGUGAAAGCCCUGUGUGAAGUGGAGGGCGGCCCCACCUAUGAAAUUACACUGAAAGGAGAAGCUUCAUUGGUCAGCUAUAAAUUUGACACGAAGGAAAUUAACUACGGGCUGCAGCUGUUUGACCAUGUCAUGGAGAGUGAACUCAACCUGAAGAACGUGGGCAAAGUUGGCUUUGAAUUCAAAGUUCUGAAUGGGAGCCAGCACUCUUUAGACAGCCCUCAGCCUGGAGUGCCGCUGAUACUGCCUCGCUCGGGGUUCAUCGAAUCACAGAAAGAGCAGGUGUUAAAGGUUUAUUACCUGCCUGGAGUACCAGAGGUCUUUGAGACCAGUUUUCAGGUCCAGAUUGCCCAUCUGGAACCAGAGACCCUCACCCUGAGGGGAGAGGGGAUCUUUCCCCGGAUCUGCCUGGAUCUCCCAAGGAACAUCAAAGGGAAUGAAAAAUACGAGGAGAUAUUGAGAGAGGCCAGGAAAAAUCUAGGGAGGGAACUCAGCAAGGAUGAGCUGUCAAUCUACCCAGAUCCCGCAACUGAGACCACGUCUGAGGAGGAGUGCCUGGCAAGCCACUUAGACGUCCAGCUCCAGAUGGAAGUGGAGCGGCUGAUCAUCCAGCAUCACGCUCUAGACCAGCAGAAGUUGCUCAACCUGGAGGAAUCUUUCUUCAGUUAUCGAUCUCGCCGGAGAUUGCUCAAGGCUCACCUUCCGGAGUACAUCCUGGACUUUGGCUACAUUAUCCUCGGUGACGUCCGCACCCACAUUGUCAAGAUCACCAACACCAGCAAUUUGCCCGUGUCUUUCCACGCAGAAAAGAGUGUCCUUCAUGACUCAGGCUUUAGCAUACAGCUCGACCGUGUGAAGAAUCUGCCUUUUUGUGAGACAGAAGCAUUUGAAGUGAGAUGUGAUCCGCAAGCGGCCAAUGUUCCUGUCGGAAGCAAAGAAGUGAUUCUGCCUAUCAAGGUCUUCGGCGGGCCGACGCUGCACAUCUGCCUGCGCGCCAGGGUGACCAUACCGUCGCUGUCCUUAUCUCAUGACAAGUUCGAGUUUGACACCAUCCAGUGCGGACAGUGCCAGGUGGCGACCGUCCAGCUUCACAAUGAGCUGCCGGUCCCCUGCGAAUGGUUUAUCUCUAACCCCAAGCAGGUCUCAAAGCUGGACAAACGCAUGCCAAAAUACUUAAGGAGGAAGCUACGGGCAGAAUUAAAGCCAAAGCCUCAGGCCUUUGAUGUCCUGCCUAUGUCCGGAGUCCUGGCGACCGGAGACCUCACCAACGUGCAGGUCAAAUUUAUGCCUUCAGAAGAGAAAUUCUAUAGCCAAUGUCUGACUGUGAAUAUCGCUCACAGCUCACAGAAGCUGCCGUUGCUUGUCCAGGGUUACGGACUGGAGCCCCGUCUGGAUUUCAGCCCCUCUGUUCUAGAGCUGGGGCCUUUGCUGCCUUUUGCUGCUGGGGAUGAGGCAGAGAUCACAGUGAAGAAUCCGUGCAACUUUCCCAUUGAGUUUUACUCCCUAGAAUUUGAUCAGGAAUAUCUUUUAGAAGAGAAGAUUCUUCGAAACCUGAAAGGUUAUGAUGCAUGUAAUACUCUUCUCCUCCCACCUCGAGCCCCAGGAGAGAAAUUGCCCCCUGAAGUGACCGAGUAUUAUAAGGAAUUAAUGCGUCUUAGGGAAGAACAGAAGAACAGGCCUGUGGAGUAUGGACAAGAAAAUAUUGAGGACGAAGAAUCGCACAGCACAGAGCCCAUGAUCUCUCCAAGUGUGAAGCGGACCUCUCUUAGUAGGGGAGUCUCUGUUACAUCCAACCUUGAAGAGCGGCAUUUACCACCCGCUGAGUCUCGAAAUUUCCAUGAAGAAGAAGAGGAAGAGGAUAACUUAGACAGAUUUUUCUCCCAUGCCGAAAAACCCCUGAGUGCCAGUGAGACGCGAUCCAUGGAGGAAGUUGGAGAGAUUGAUAAUAACCCAGUGAGCAGAUCCAUAGCUCGGCACCUGGGUAUUUCUGCUUCUCCUGAAAGCCACGUAGCCAAGCACCGAAGAGGCAUCGCCAUUAUUGUUCACGGAUCGCCGUUGUCAGGGAAGACCAGCGCUUGCAACAGCCUCGCCAAAUACUACGGUGCCGCCUGCCUAACUCUUGAUCUCAUCGUGUUAGAUGCUCUGUCAGAUGCAAACAGCAUGCCUGGACUCCGGGCCCGGGAGCUCUGCAUGAGGGCAACCACUGAGCAGAGCAUCCGAGACGGGGAGGAGUCAGUGAAGGAUGCUGCCAUGAUCACCGAGAGUUCCUUAGCACAGACAUCUAUAGGACUGUCGAGAGUGAGCACUGAGAAUCUGGCCAAGCACACCUCUGAAGCUACUCUGGCCUCCCCAGAAACCCGAACCAUCACCUCCAAGGGCUAUCGGGGGAGCGUCGUUUUGACCACCAAGACCAAGUCCGACAGCCACGGUUCUGGGUCCCAAAAGCAGCAUCAUCAGAUGCACCAGUCAGAAACGUCAGGAUCACAGAUUCCAUCCAGCCCCCUCACCUAUACACCUAUUCAGCUCCGGCUCAUGGGCAGCUCCAGCGAAGGAGAAAUGGGGUUCUUCAGCUGUGUGCUUCCUGAGGAUUUACUGGUGCAAAUCAUAGAAGAGAGGAUACAGCUCAGUGACUGCUAUCGAGGGGUAAUAUUUGAUGGACUAGAAACUGUCUUUGCCAGGAAUACAGCUUGUGCCCUCCAGUGCCUGCUCAGAGCCAUCAACAACCGGGAGCACAUAUAUUUUAUCAAUGUGGCUCAGGAUUACAGUAUCAUGAAGGCUCGGGAGAAAGCCAAAGUGGAAAAGAUAGAGCAGGAACGCCAGGAAGUUAUUGCCAGGGAGAAGGCUCGUCUGCAAAAGAUGGACGAGGAGGACUAUGAUGCCCUAACGGAGGAAGAGAAAAUGGUGUUUGACUUGGAAGUUCUGCAAGCCAUUCGAGAACGAAAGAAAAGGAAACAAGAGAAAUUAGCUCGGGAGCUCCAGGAAAAGAGAAUACAGCAGGAACUUGAACGGCAACGGGAGGAGGAAGAGAUGAAAAAGAAAAACAAAAGAAAGCAGCGAGAACCCAUCAAGGAAGAGGCCCCAGCAAAGAAACUUGCUGGCCAACGACAGACGUCACAGAUCCAGGGUAUCAAUGCAAAUGCCAAAGCAGAUGUCAGGUCAGAAGUAGGACUGGAAAGGAAGGUGUCAAUGAGAGACCAACAACCCUUUGAUGACAGAAAGGAAGAGAGAAGGAAAAGAAGCAGGCAACAACUGGGGGAAGUUCCCUUGCAGCCCCUGUCAGAACGAAUAGAAAGUGAGAGGGAUUUAUUGAGGGAUAGUGAGAAACAGCUGGCUCAGAAGUUCAAAACCUAUGAGAUGAACCUGAAAGAAAUCCAGCAAAUCUUGAUGUACUGGGAUCGGAAACAGGGCAUCUGGGUACCUCACACAGGCACUGAAGAUACCCCACAUGAGCCAGAAGACCAAAGGCAGGCCCCUUCUGGGCGGAAGGGCCGAAAGGAUCGUGAAAGGGAGCGGUUAGAGAGGCUGGAGAAGGAACGGGCAGAGAAGGAGCGCCUGGAGAAAGAAAAGGCUGAAAAGGAGCGUCUGGAGAAGCUCAAGGCAAUGGAAGACAAGAGUGAUGGAGGGGAGGGAGAGGAAGAAGACCAUGAAGGGAAAAAGGAUUCCGGUGUGCCGAUCUUGGACUUCCAGCCCACUGUCUCAGAGGAGUUUAACUGGAAGCAAAUCCUAGAGACAGAGAAGUUGCCAAGGAUAGAACAGAUGCUGGACGUCUUGGAUGUCGGAGCAGUCGAGCUCCCGAUUCCCCCUCCUGCUUUGUUCUCAAUGAUCCCAUUCCCAGCGAAAAGGGUGCCCAUGGUCAUGACAGAAAUUCUCAAACACUUCACUUUUGUCGUCCCUCCAAGUGAGGACACCGGAUCAGAGGAGAAAAAAGAAACAGAAAGUGAGCCUGACAUUUCUACCAGUACCCCGACCACGAAGACACAAGAAGAUCAGGUCACACCAAGUAAAGGCCGCAGACUGAAAGACAAAGCAGAGAAUCUCCGGGACUCGAUGAAGGAAAAGCGCGCGCGUAUAGCACUCCUCAAGAAACUCCCUCAGGUGCUGCCCGUGGCCUCCAUCGCCCCCUUGACAGGCUUGGACCAGAACAACUUCACGUCCCAGCAGACGCAGGAUAAAAUCAUGAGGUUGAAUAACUUCCGCUGGAUCGUCCCAGCCCAAGGAGAGGUGACGCUCCGAGUACACUUCUCCUCCAACGAGAUUGGCAACUUUGACCAGACUUUCAACUUUGAGGUCCUUGGAACGCGCCGUCAAUAUCAGCUCUACUGCCGCGGGAUUUGCACAUACCCUUCCAUCUGCCGGGACGUCAGGGUGGUGUUCCCUCAUCGGAAAAAGGAGUCGAAACCUGAAGAGAUUGUUUUUAAGAGAUAUAUAAUGAAUCAGGAUAUGUUUCACUUUGGGCCAUUGCUCUGUGGAAAAUCAAGAGAUAAGUACAAGGCCAUCCAGUUCCCAGAUAACAUGGAGAAACUGACCAUUCUAAACAACUCCCCGCUGAACGCAGAGGUGACCUUCUUUUUCCAGCAUGAUGUCAAAGCCAACACCUACAUCCUGGAUCCGCCCACUAUGACCCUGAAACCCAACGAAAAGCAGGUGCUGUCUGUGUGGGCCUACCCAACUGCCGUGGGUGUCUUUGAUGACAGCAUUGUCUGCUGCAUCAAGGAGAACCCAGAGCCCGCUGUCUUCAGAAUCACUUGCCAGGGAAUCCGGCCUGAGCUGGAACUGGACCACAAGCAGCUGCACUUUGAGAAGCUGCUGCUCCACAGGAAAGAAUCCAAGGUUAUUUUCUUACGGAAUGUCACCCCACUGCCCGUGGCCUGGAGGAUCGGCAGCCUGGAGCACCUCGGGGAUGAUUUCACCCUCUCCAAGGUGCAGGGGCUCAUCCAGCCUGGGGGCGAGUACUGCCUGCAGGUCCACUUCCAGCCUACCAAGGCGGUCAACAUCAAGAAGGCCAUUCGCUUAGAGAUUCUAGACGCAGACUAUCUCAUUGGAGUUGUUCAGAUUGAAAACAUCCAGAUCUUUGCAGAAUCGUAUGACAUUGCGCUGGACAUCACUUUCCCCAAAGGGAAUGAAGGAGCCUUAGAUUUUGGUGUUGUUCGAGUGAUGGAAGAAGCUAAACAGUUUCUGGCACUGAAAAACAAAGGAAAAUAUGAAAUUACAUUCAGCUUUUCCCUGGAGCCCCUGUCACCUAACCAACCCAACGUGAACUCCAUCCUCUCCACCCAGCCCAAGAAAGGGUCACUGACCACAACUGAUCGGCCCACCAACAUCCAAGUGAUCUUCCGUUCAAAGAGAGAAGUGAAGAUUGAGAGCAAGCCCAUCAUACGCUGUCAGAUUAUUGAACCCAACAACACGGAAGGAGGGGAGAUCAUUGCUAGCAUUCCCAUUAAAUUCUCAGUGAAUGCAGUAUUCUCCAAAUACGUCAUCAGCCCUGCUGCCGUCAUCAACUUUGGAGCCAUGGUUUGUGGGAGCCGUAAAACUUCCACCUUCACCAUUGAAAACCAAGGGGUCCUGGACUUCAGAUUCAACAUCAGCAGGAUGAACCGGGAUGCUCCUCUGAUUCAUACCCGGAAGAUAGGAACAUUCCAUAAUGCCAAGCACGCACGAUCCAAGGAAAACAUCAGUUUCUACAGGUUCUCAGCCACCAGAACGCUCAAAGGCACUGAUUCCACACAGAAAGAGACAAGCACAAUUAACCAGGCGCGUUUCACCCUCAACAUGUUCACCAUCUUCCCUGGAUUUGGAUCCAUCCCUCCCGGAGGGCAACAGACAAUCACGGUGGACUGUCUUGCUGAUCCAAUUGGACGAUGCGAUGAGUUUCUGGCCAUUGAGAUCUCAGACCGAGAUCCAAAAGACCAGCCCGGCGGCAUUCAGUAUGCAUUGUCGGCUGAAGCCUGUUUGCCAGCUUUUGUGCUAGAUGACAUGGCCUCCAUUUUUGAAGAGCAUCUGAUAUGUAAUAAUAUCAACCUGUACCAGCUUCUUCAAACCACAGAAGGCGGGGUGUUCUUGGAGGAUGAGAACAAAUUUAUAUUCCGCAACGUCCUGGUGGGACACCAAGCCAAAGCUCGAUUCAAGAUCAGUAACAUAGGAAAGAUUCCCUGUGAUGUCAAUGUCACCGUCAAGCCCAUAUCCGCCAGGGUUAUAGCUCGCAUCACUGACAUCUUUGAAGUGGAACCCACCAAGAUGUGCAUAGCCAGCCGCUCACAGGCUUUUGCCACUGUGACCUUCACUCCGCAGACAAUGCAGACCUAUCAGUGUCUCUUCGAAGCCUCCUUGGAUGGUUUGCCCAAUUUCCUCUCCAAGACCAAAAACCUCACGUUUGACAUCGUCGGAGAAGGGAACCUACCCCGAGUGACCGUUAUCCGGCCCAUUCUCUGUAACCAGAAGGGAAACCCUCUCUUUCUAUUUAAGAGGCUUCUGGUGGGCCAGACAGAGAAGCUUCCUCUCCUCCUUAAGAACAACGGAACUAUCCCUGCCCAGUUACAUGUUGAUUUGAGGGACGACACGAGAGUCUUCACUCUGAAAGGCAAGCCCACUACCAACUAUAUCUACAUAACAGAGGAGAACAAUCCUGAUGAAAUAUCAAAGAAAGCUCAUACUGCCUCCCUCAUCAUUUACCCUGGAGAGACGGCCGAGUUCGAUGUUCAUUUCAAACCAAGCAAGCCAGAGAAAGUGGUGGGCACCAUUCACUUGUCUGUGGUUAACAACCAGUAUGAGGAGACCACCAUUCAGUUACUGGGAGAGGGCUAUGAGGAUGAUAUCACUUUGGACAACAUCCACGGACUUGCUGCCGCCUCCAAGUCAGAGAUACCAGAAGUCACGGAAAUCACUGACAGCAAAAUGAUGGAGGAAUUGUUGGCAUCUGCCCGGGUGGAUCACCUUCAGUUUGGGGACUGUCACGUUGGCAGCAUCUAUGAAGUGACCUUCACAAUGACCAACCGUAGCCGAGCCAAUGCCGUAAGGUUUGAGUGGCCUAUCGUGCAGCCCCUUCAUUUCUCCCCACAGGCUGGCCACCUUCAUGCGGGAUGCGCCAAGGACAUUACAGUGACUUUGAAAUCUCGCUCGUCUGUCAACCUCAAGAAAGUCCUGGUGAAAUGUAAGCUCUCGAGAAUCGUUUUCCAGCAACCUGUGGACCAGGUACCAGACUGGGACAAUCACAUGCGCACAGUCAAAUGGGUAGAUUCUGCAAAGAGUCCGAACACCAACAUCCCUGCCAAAAAAAAAGUGAUAGAGACUGACCCCGAGCCUGCGCACACAGUCCUGGAAGAAAACUACCAAGAACUAGAGCUUUAUGUCAGCGCUGUGGUGGACUAUUCCUCCUUCCGUUCCCAAGUGAAAGAAGUGAACUUUAAGGACACCCUGGUUUUCCAGACUCGAGUUUUCGAGUUUCACUUGACUAAUACGGGACCCGUACAGCUGGGGUAUAACUGGCUGCUGUCCUCAGAUGAGCCAACGAAGGCUGUCAGCUUUGCUGAUCCACAGAGCCCAACUUCUCCAGGUACUUUGUUUGGCACAGCCCACAAGACACAGUCCAGCCAAGGGACUUUCCGUGGGGGAAGCACCAUGGAGAGCUUUUCUUCCCAUGCAUACAGCAGCUCCACCACCUACCCUUUCUCCAUGGAGCCCGUCAGUGGCAUCGUCCCAGUUGGGAAACAUCAAAAAAUCAAGGUUAAAUUCUCUCCCCUGGAAGUUGGCGAGUUUGAGAACAGCAUUUACUGCCAGAUCCCUAACCUGGCUCCGGGAGCUCAAGGACUCAUGGUGUCAGUGAAAGGGCGAAGCCUCUUACCGUAUUGCCAUUUUGAUCUGAAUGAAUCUGACUACAUCAGCAACCAUAGGCGCAAUCCAGACUUAUAUGGACCAAAUGGGGCACCUCUGGAUCCCAACACGCGGGUGAUCGAGUUUACUGCCGUCGGUGUGGGAGCAAAGAACAUCCAGACCUUCACUAUUAUGAACCCUACCAAUAGUUCCUAUUCCUACCAAUGGGUCUCCGAAGAAGUCGAGAAUCUCCAGAACCCUUCAUCCUUUGUAUGCCUGACAGAGGAAGGCUUAAUCCAGCCAGAGAAAAAAGCAGAGAUCUCAUUCCAGUUCACUCCUCAUCAUUUGGAUAUCACAGAAUCAUUCUGGACUUUCCUAAUCCCUGAGCACAACAUCUCGGUCCCUUUUCUUCUGGUGGGCAAAACUAUAGACCCUUUGAUAUCACUGGAUGUGCCUCACCUCACCUUCAGCUCCAUCCUGAUGGGACAUGAAGCCCGAGAGACAGUGAACAUAAUUAACAAUGAGGAACAAGACUUUACUUUUGCAUUUGAAGAAAGUUCCUGCUUUUCUGAAGGCUACAUCAAUAACCUGAUUGUGAAGCCUAUGGAAGGCAUGAUCCCAGCAAUGUCCAGGGUGCCCAUCGAUAUUUUCUUCACACCAAAAUGCGAAGGAGAAGUGAGCUUUAAUCUGAUCUGCCACGUGAAAAAGAAAGCCCAGCCUCUGACCUUAAAUGUCAAAGCUGAGGGCUACAAUAUGAAGGUGGAGAUCAAGUGCAAAGAAAACGAUGGGUCGGUGACUGAUCUGAGUCCCAUCCAGCCCAACGUCAUCAGCUUCUACGAGGUAGAAGUAAAUGAAUGUGUGCAGUGCGAAUUCACCUUGAUUAACACGGGCAAGUUCAACUUCAGCGUCCUGUCCGAAUUUGAUGGCCCCAAGGCCCUGCAGCAAUACUUUAUUUUCUCACCCAGUGAGACAGUGGUUGAGGCCGGACAGAGUGUCCCAGCCUCCCUGUCUUUCUGCCCUCUUAAAAGGUGCUUUGUAAAGGGUGUGGAACUCAGACUCAAGAUCACUUAUGGUCCCACAUUCACCUGCAUACUCGUGGGCUCAUCUGUGACUCCUGCCGUACAGUUCUCCUUCACCAGUUACAACUUUGGUACCUGCUUCAUCUACUUACCCGGGAUGCCCUUGUACCAACAGAUCCUUGUCAUCACAAACAAUGAGGAGAAGCCUAUUAGCUUGGAUUGUUUGUAUACCAACACAGCCCAACUGGAAGUGUCUUGGCGGGUUGAUGUGGUAAAGCCUGGAAAGAGUUUAGAAAUUCCAAUCACCUUUUAUCCUAGAGAAGCUAUAUCUUAUAAGGAAAUCAUUCCCUUUGAAAUCAAUGGACUCUCACAGCAAAAUAUUGAGAUCCAGGGGAGGGGCACAGAGAUGAAGAUCUCAGUCCUGGAUCGAAAUAAGAUUGUGAAGUUUGGCGCUCUCUUACCAGGGCAGACAGCCAAGAGAACCACCUCGAUCAUGAACAAUAGCCUCAUCCCACUGACCUUCAACCUAACAGCAAUGUUCAGUGUCAUAGAACUCAGUGACACCAAGGUUGUGACCUUGACACCUUGUUCCAACAUUACCCUGAAGCCCCAAGAAGUCUGUAAAGUGGAAAUUGUUUUCUCCCCAAAUAAACGUAUCCCCCAAUUUAACGAGGAGAUACUCCUGGAGUACUCAGGGCUCCUGCGGCCCCUCUUUCUCAUCAACGGCUGCUGUCAGGCCCUGGAGAUCGUCCUAGACCAGGAGCACAUCCCCUUUGGGGCCGUGGUAUAUCAAGCUCAUGCGACACGUCGGCUUCUCAUGAUGAACACUGGGGACAUUGGAGCUAGAUUCCAAUGGGAUGUCAAGAAAUUUGCACCCAAUUUCUCAAUUACCCCAGAUAAAGGCUACAUCACACCUGGGAUGGAGGUUGCUUUUGAAGUGACCUAUCACCCCACUGAGAUGGGCAAGGACAGUCUCUACAAAAACCUGCCCUGCAGCAUCCAGGGGAGCAAACAUCUCCUGCUCACCCUGUCUGGCAUCUGCGUGGGUGUGUCUGGAAUAAAAGAGACAGUGAAUUUCAACUGUCAAGUGCGCUCCAAACACACCCAGACCAUCAUGCUGUCUAACCGCAGCAAUCAUGCCUGGCCUCUGCAUCCUGUCUUUGAAGGAGAGCACUGGGAAGGGCCCGAGUUUCUCAUCCUGGAAGCCCAUCAGCAAAAUAGGCCCUACGAGAUCACCUACAGGCCCCUCACCAUGAAUGUGGAUGGUCGGAAGCAUAUGGGCACCCUCUUCUUUCCGCUCCCUGAUGGGACAGGUUGGCUGUAUAUUCUUCAAGGGACCGCUGAAGCCCCCAAAGCAGUAGCCAAUAUCUACCGGGAGGUACCCAGCAAAACACCUUACAUUGAGCUAUUGCCUGUUGAAAACUGGCUGAACAAGAUGCAGAGAUUCCGAGUCAUGGUGGACAUGAUCAAGCCGGAGAAACAGGACCUAAGCGUGACAAUAAAGGGCCUUGAUUACAUCGAUGUCCUGGCAGGAUCCAAGAAAGACUACAAGUUGAACUUUUUUUCCUACAAGGAGGGGAUAUUCUCUGUAAAGGUGAUCUUCCGCAAUGAAGUGAACAAUGAGUACCUGUUCUACUUGGUGACUUUCAAGGUCCUCUCUGCUGGCAUCAUUAAGACCAUCGAGAUGAGUACCUUUGUCCGGCAGAGCACCUCUACUUUCAUCAAGGUGGAAAACCCCCUGCCUUACACUAUCAUCUUCACUACAGACUGCCGAGUGCCUGAUAUCAGUGUACCUUCCCAGUUUUCAGUGGCACCCAAUUCUGAGGGCAUGAUAACAAUUGACUUCCAACCUCUUAAAGCUGGGGAGACUGUUGGGCGGCUGAAUAUACACCAGAGUGAUCUGGGUACCUACCAGUAUGAACUCAAUCUUAAGGCCAUCCCAGGCCGACCUGAGAAGCCAGUCUACUUCCAGGUUGCCCUGGGUAACAACCAGAGCCUUAAUGCGAAGUUCAUCAACUAUACCCGUCAGAAGACAGAAUAUUCAUGCAAGACAGACAACCCAGAUUUCCAUGUGGAGAAGAUUGUCUACGCACCUCCAGGAGGCCAAGGAGGCACUGAAGUCAAUGUAGAAGUCAACUUUGAACCCAGCCAGCUAGGUGAAAUGAGGGGCAUGCUCUACCUCUCCUCUCUCAUGGGAGGGGAGUACACUAUCCCACUCAUUGGACUGGCCCAGUACCCCAAACCCCAGGGCCCCAUACAAAUCAAAGCAGGUUCCAGCACUGUCAUCCCCUUUAAAAACAUAUUCCACCACCAAGUGUCCUACUCCUUCAUUGUGGAGAGCUCAGCCUUCAAUGUCAAAGCCAUUGACACUGUACGCCCUAAGAAAAUCAACAACAUUACCAUCUCCUUCGAGGGGAACGCUGCAGGCCACAAAACUCCCAUCACCUCCAAGCUCAUCGUGUCCUGCCUCAAUGGCAACGGCCUUGAGGCAGGAGUCAAGUGGAUCUUUUAUCUGAAAGAGUCACCCCAUAGAAUUAACCAGGAGUCAGUUGCUUGUAAACAAACUAAAAGCCUUUUUCCUUGGUUUUCUGGCAUCAUCAGUUUUUGGGGUUUUUUUCUGAAUCGGUAAUGAAGAUUUCUUUGACACCCCCUACACACCCCAGAGCCCAUUCUCCACAUGAAUCCCUCUUCCUAAUGCCCCAGGCUCUUGGCCAUUAAGAAAAAAUGGGGAAGAUGAAGCCCUCUUAAAACUCAUCAGUUGUUGACAAAACUCACUGGAGAUUUUAUGUAUCGACCCUGUAAGGUUUUUCCUAACAAAGAAAAAUAGAAGUUGGCAGUAUAAAUACACAUAUUCUAUAUAGCCAUUCAUUUUCCUUUGGCAUAUAUGAGCCCAUAUCAAAUAUAGUAUCGACCCACAGUCACAUGAAGAUCUAUUUUGGUGUGUUUU